AUGCUUCUUCAGAGCUUUGCUAAAGAAAAAACUUCAUCUAUCACGAGAUACGCCUUCUUGUCUCCUUCACUCAAAACUCUUUUAUGGAGUAAUAAAGUUUCAGCUAAACAUUUUGUAGUAAUAAAAUACCCAGUAUGGUUAAAGGAGGUCACUUAG